CUCAGCAGGUAUAGGCCGAUCACAGUCUUUCUAUUCUUGGUCUGUGCUUUGACAAUCCGCAACAAUCUGUCAGCGAAAUAGAUUUUUCAAAUACUUAUUUAUUAAGUGCAUUUCCAAUGGAUUUCGUGUCAAACAUCGUUAGCCGAUCUCUUUCUAGCGACGCCUCCGGUCGUGAUUGGGCUUGCGCGGCUUCUCUUGGUGUCGCCGCUCUUGGUAUAUCAUAUUUCAUUGUUGCCAAAGUGUCAGAGUUUGGAUUCCUGUGUGCAAAGAAAAAAUCAAAGGGAAACUGGGUAAACCCCGAAAUAAGGAAAGAAGAUUCAAAAGUAGUUGACUCUUGUGACAUUGAAGACAUUGGAGAAAAAAAAGUAUUUUGCCGGUGCUGGCGUAGUGCCUUGUUUCCCUACUGUGAUGGUACACACAAUAAACAUAAUCUGGAAACUGGUGAUAAUGUUGGACCAUUAAUAGUUGGAAGAAAGAAGAGUAACUGAAAUAAAGAACCACCAUGGAUUCUAAAUAUGUUGAUUGUAGUAAAUUAGCAUAGAAAAAAAAUAGCUCUUAAAUCUACCAAUUUAUACGCUGAAUUAUAUAAUGGGGUAAAUGUGCAGGUAUUUCGUUCUGUAUUGAUAAGCAAUGUAUGGAUCAAUUAAACAGUUACAUACUCAUUA